AGGGUUGGAGCUAAACUCUGCAGGACAGUGGCCCUCCAGGAGCAGGAUUGGAGACCCCUGCUAUAGACGGUAAUGGGCAACUCUGGUCCCGGAAGGCCAAUAUUCUGCAGAAUUUAGCUCUAUCCUUGAUCAAACACACCUGUAAAAUGUAACCCAACCCCAAAAAUUAACCCUAACUUCACUCUGCUAGACAGUGGCCCUCCAGGACCAAAGCUGCCCAUCGCUGAUCCAUAGGAUAGGGCAGAGGUCUCCAAUCCUGCUCCUGGAGGGCCACUGUCCUGCAGAGUUUAGCUCCAACCCUAAUUAAACACACCUGAACAAGCUAAUCUAGGUCUUACUAUAGGCAAGAAAAUUCCAAGCAGGUGUGUUGAGGCAAGUUGGAGCUAAACUCUGCAGGACAGUGGCCCUCCAGGAGCAGGAUUGGAGACCCCUGGGAUAGGGUAUAGAGCAUACAUGUUGUUGGUUAUGAUGCUUUAAAUUUCUAAAUUGUUUUGUCUAUUUUUGACCUAGACCUGAUGGCACUGAAAGAGGCGAGCCAUGAACUUAAUGAAAGCAAAGAAGAAAAAGACCACUAUGAUAAACUUCAUGAUUUCAUGACUGAAGAAAGAUCAACACAGGAUAAUACGACUUCCUCACAAAAAAAAUCUCAAAAGUCAGGAACUAAACGUUAUUUCACCUGCCAACAGUGUGGAAAGAGUUUCACACAUAAAGGAUACCUUAACGUCCACAUGAGAAUUCACACUGGAGAGAGGCCUUACUCCUGCCAACAAUGUGGAAAGAGUUUUUAUCAACAAGGAAGCUUUAAAGUCCACAUGAGAGUUCACACUGGAGAGAAGCCUUACACCUGCCAACAGUGUGGAAAGAGUUUGAGUGGAAAAGGAAACCUUAAAGUCCACAUGAGAAUUCACACUGGAGAGAAACCUUACACCUGCCAACAGUGUGGAAAGAGUUUCCCUCAGAAAAAACACCUCAACAAGCACAUGAGAGUUCACACUGUAGUGAAGCCUUGCAUCUGCAAACUGUGUGGAAUGAGUUUCACUGAAAAAGGAAAACUUGAGGUCCACAUGAGAGUUCACUCCGGAGAGAAGCAUUACACCUGCACUUUGUGUGGAAACGGCUUCACACGGGAACAAAGCCUUAAGGAACACAUGAAUAUUCACACUGGAGAAAAGCCUUUUACAUGUGAUCAGUGUGGAAAGAGCUUCAGACGUAAAAUUACCCUUAAUUACCACAUGAGAAUUCACACCGGAGAGAAGCCAUUCACCUGCCCACAGUGUGGACAGAGUUUCAGACAUAAAGGAAACCUUAAAGUCCACAUGAGAUCUCACACUGGAGAGAAGCCAUUCAUAUGUAGCCAGUGUGGAAAGAGUUUCAGAUUUAAAGAUAACCUUAAGUGUCACAUGAAGAUUCACUCGAGAGAGAACUGUUCAAGUUGACAUUGUACCGAAAUCUGAUUUUUUCAUUCACAAAAAAUAUUAAAACUUAUUUCCACCUCUCUA